UGCAAGCGCUUCUGGCCCUGAACCAGGCAUUGACUUUGUGGAUGAAUUGCACCUCGUCAAACGUGUUCUGUCAUGAGUGGAAGAGCGGAGUUGCGGGCUUGAAGUGUAACCAAGACGGCAUGGUUACUGAGCUGUCCGCACCUUUCGUCCUUGGUUCGCAUGGCAACGUGCCAGCAGACAUCACAGCCCUCUCUGCGCUUCAGAAACUGAAUCUGGUUGGUACGCCCUUCAGUGGGAGCUUGGAGAUUCUCGGCCAAUUCCCCGAGUUGCAAUAUGUAGAUCUGAGCUACACUGACUUCAAAGGAUCCAUCCCUGAAACAAUCAGCAAUGCCCAGAGCCUGCAGUACCUGCGCAUUGGGACGCCACAGCCGUCUACUUUCCCCCCUCCUUAUGCAUACGACCCUCCAACAGAUCUUCUAUCCAUUGAGCAAGGCUCUAUGGACGACCUCUCCUGUCUUGCUCCACUCACUCGUCUCCAGGACCUCGCUCUCAUGAGUCUCAACCUGACUUCUGGAGAUUUCCCUUCCUCUCUCUCUGCACUUACUUCACUCAAGCACCUUGACCUAAGUUUCCUUCCCAUCACCCGCUUACCAGAGUGGAUCGCUUCACUCGCUAAGCUCACUCAUCUGGACGUCACCGGAAACUUACACGUCCACCACUCUGCACCUUUCCCCACCGAAUGGAUGGCGCUCACAAGGCUGGAAACGCUGCGGGCCGGUCUGAAUGGCUUCACUGGCUCUAUCCCCUCCACCAUCUCCGCCCUCACCGCCCUCACCAUCUUGGAGCUCUACGGAAACAACAUCUCAGGGAGCAUUCCUGUUGGCAUCAGCAAGCUAACUAGAUUGCAUGCCCUAAACCUCUCCCACAAUCAGCUCACCUCCAUGCCUUCUACCAUCAAUGGGGGGCAUGUUUCCAUGGCUCACAACCAGCUUCAAGGUCCCCUUCCUUCUGCCCUCGUUUCCACUUCCUUUACUCUUGAGCUGCAAGGCAACGCAUUCUCUGGUUCGCUACCCAACUUUGAUUUGUGGAUAACCCCUUCACUUCAUAGUCUCGACGUCAGCGACAACCAGCUCAGUGGCUCCCUCCCUGACUCCAUCUCCCGCUUUGCAGUGCUUUGGGAAUUGGGGCUUGGAGGCAACAAUCUGAGUGGCGUCAUACCCGCUAGUCUAGGCGGAUUUACCGAUCUAUCAUACCUGAACGUCUUGGGCACGGGGCUGACCUGCCCUGCAGACGGCAGCAAGUGCCUGGUGAAGCAGAGCAACACCACCGGCUUCUGCCACCUCUGCUUCUCCUUCUGCUCCUCCUGCACCCCCCUUGCUU